CUCGGUAACGGCAGCCCUGCCAGGAGCCGGUGGGGAGCAGGAUGGCCGAGGACUGGGAUUCUGAGUUCCGCCUGCCGUGGGGGCACCGUGCGGCCUCAGCUGUGGACGCGCUGUGGGACGUCAGGAAACUGCUGCGAAGACUCGAGAAAGGCUACCUUCAGGACAUCUCCCUCCACACCACGGGACACCUGAACCCCAACAACCUCUACAGGCCCCCCGAGAAGAUCAUCCAUCACUGGCCCAAUGCCUACCGGCCCGCGGCGAAGAGACGCCCGGCGAAGCCGUCGGAGAAGAAGGUGGCCACGAUGAAGGACGCGCUGGCCCAUUUCACCAUCAACACGGCGCUGCGCCCCAGCGAGGCCCCGGGCACACCGCUGUUCCGCUACCUGCACCCCCCGGCACCGGCGCCGCCCCCCUCCGAGGGGGAUGUCGCCCCGCAGCCGAGUGGGGGGGCCGAGGGCUCUCCCCCGCAGCGCAGGAGAGAGGAGCUCACGUGGCCGGAGGUGAAGGUGCUGAAGCUCAAGGCCGCGCGGUCCAGCCGGCAGUGCGUGCUCUCGCCCGCGGGCAGGGACGAGUACUGCUACGUCACCUCCCACCUCGCGGGCCUGACCAAGGCGGACAAGUACGAGAAGUUCCUGCAUUUCCAGAGGAAAGUGCUGGCCACGCAGGACCUCCUGGAGAGCGACUUCACGGGGGCCAAAGCGGCGCUGCGCCUCGAGAAGAAGUUGGAGCAGGAGCUCCGGAAGGUGUGCGCGUGCGACCCGCAGGAGCUCCACAGGCUGCAGGUCUUCAGCGAGGCCUUCGAGGACGUGUGCAGCAGCUCCUUGCUGUUCGGCGGCAUCUUGAAGGAAGUGAAGGAUGAAUACGAGCUCUACAUGGCCAUCCUGCUGAGCGCCCAGCCCACGGACCAGUACCAGACUCUGCUGGAGGAGGCCAAAGGGCUGGCGAGGAGCUCGGUGCAGACGGCGGAGGUCACCCGGGCCCGGGAGGAGCUGAGGGCACUCGUGGCGGCCACCAACGCGGCCCUGGAGCACAACGACAGGCUCAGGAGCGAGCUGGCGGAGGAGCGGCGGCGGCUGCGACGCGCGCAGGAGAAGGCAGGCAAGUCCCCGAUGUUCUUCUCACGCUCGGUUCCGCCGCCUCUGGGUGCGGAGCUGCCAACCUGGUCCGCUGUCCGGGGCCUCCCGCCGGCGCCUCCGUGGCGGCAUCAUGGCCUGGCCAUGUGGCCUGGUGAUGUGGCCCAGCAGCAUGGCCCGGUGAUAUGGGCCGGCAGCGUGGCCAGGCUGUGGCCCGGCGAUGUGGCCGUGGCCGUCCAGGUAUCUUUCUCUUAUAAUCAUUUUUCCCUACAGACUGAAACUAUAAAAUUGGAAAGAGCAAAUAUUAUUUUAAAGAAGAAAAUAGAUACCGCUGAAAACCAGGUGAAGCAGUUCCUGGGGAGGAGCGAGAUGAGUGGGGAGGAGCAGCUGAACCUUUGGGAAUUUAUUAAAGAAUAUGUGAGACUAAAAGAAACAGAUAACGACUCUGAAGUGGCUGAACUAAAUGACCUAUGAACAUCCAGAGCACCAUGCAUAUUGAGGAUGUUUGCAUAUGUAUAAAUUAAUGAAGAUACAUCU